AUGCGCUGGCCUGCGCGCGGCUACUUUGCCUCCGUCGACAUGUCGGAACCCGCGGAAGUCUCAUCAAAUGGCGGCCAGGCUGACGCGCUGCACCUAGAUCCGAGCAUAGGAUCGCCGGGCGAUGACUCACUAUCGUCCAUGUCGAGCACACCCAGCCUCACCAGCACAGCUUCCACGCUGUCUCGCUCCACCUCGAUUCGUUCCGCUGCCUCGGAGCGCAAUUACUUCCAGGGCGGAACACGGUAUGUCUCGUUGAACGUGUCCACCGAUCUCUCCACUGCUGGACUGCGCGAAAGCUCGCCGGAUCGCGCCACCUCAAAGUGGACGCAGAGAGCCAGAAGCUGGUCCAACACGAUGUCGCGCAGGAUGAGCAUCACCGCUUGGAAUCACACCCUUCACUCGACCACCUCGCCUUAUCUCAAAGCCGGACUAGAGGAGCUGCGCUCCAUCUUUGACGUAGACUCUCUCGGCGCAGCCAUCGACGACCAGGACGGCACAGAUCUCGAGGAUGCACCAACUUUUGGCUCUUACGCAGGCCAUCGUCGACCCUUCUUCGGAGCUACAGGCGGUCGUGAUGCCGAGAACGCUGCAGCGCAGGAUCAGGCUUUCUCCGAAUCGCCCCAAGGGCUUUCGCCAGACUUGUCUCGCCUCAGCAGUUCCGAGCAUCGACGUUUGCAAAGCUCAUCUACCGCAAAGCGACAUGGCAUGUGCUUCAAAAGUCAGCUAUACGAGCCUCCAGCCACUCAUCAUCGUUCGCAGUCAUGGCGCAAGCACCGCAGCCUCUCAGUCUCUGAUCUGCCCAGCCAAGCUUCGCCCGAAUCGACUGCCGACAAGGAGACCAUUCUCGACACGCAACGCGGCUCUUCAGCGUCAUGUUUCUCGACGCGCAACACAUUCGCACGAUCACGAACGUCGCGCACUCCUUUCGUCGCUGUCGGUCUCGCGGCAAUCAGCAUCGUCAUUGUUGGAGUCUGCGCAUUGGAGACCUCGGUUCACCCGGACGCCGCCUCACUGCCUCUGACCACCUUCAUGUUGGCGCAGUCUGGCUUUGCCUUGACUGGCAUCGUUGGACUGGCGCUGCAGAAGCGCUGGAUGAGCGAUCUGGCUUCGCGUCUCAUCCGUGCUCACGUGCUUUGCCAGGUACUCAUCGCUCUGGCAGCGCUCCGAAAUUUGAGCCGUACAGCUUUCUACCACGACCGUCUCGAGGUACAGAAUUCGCACGGAGCCGCAGCUGCUGGGAUGCUUACGUCUCCGCGCUUCCUUGCUGCGCAUCAACGCGUCACCGACCCUCACUCCUCUUCGGUGGGAUCUGUACGCGAUCAGGUGAUGUACCUUUGCGUGUUCGCUGUGCAGGCCGCGCUUCCUCUCGCCUUCGUCUUGUGGGCUCAGUACGCGCUGGCCUCUGCACUCAGCCGUGCCACGCGCUCUUUCUCGAAAACUCGUGGCGCUGACAAGCAGCCCCAGGACGAGCGACAACAAUUCGUGCCCUUGGUCAAGCUCGCAAGGGAGGACCGUUCUGCAGCUCCGCGCACCAGGCGCAUGCGAUUCAACAGCGAGAAUCCCACGCUGAGCAAAAGCUCGUCGCAAGACAUCCUCAACAAAGCAAGCGGACGCAACGAAGGAUGGCUCGGCUUCGUCAUUACUCGUCUCGAUAUCGAUGAGGCCGCCCCGGUGCCACCCAGGUCCGAGAUUGACGCAGCCGAGCUGACGUCACGACUUGAGGAGCUGGCCCGGUCAGUGACCCCGACACCGCGAAACCGCUGA